AUGACGGCCGAGUUCUCCGGGCGAGGCCGAGUGGCCGCGACGAGCCCCUGCCACCUCCUGCAACACAGCGAAACAGCUCCAAGGUGGGAGUUUGUGCUGGCCGGGGUGGCCCCGCGGAGCAACAGCUCCCGCUUCGUGCUGGAGGUGGCCGCGGUGGAGGAGCCGGGGGUGGCGCCGGAGCUGCGGGCGGCACGUUCCAUCGAUGACGAGUACACUCCCACCAUCUUCGAGAUGCUCUCCCUGGCAGCGCAGGCCCAGAACGACAGCUCCCCGCGGAGCUUCCUGCAGUGGAAGGCGACAGCCUACGGCUCCCGGAGCCCCCGGCGUGAGGACGGGAUCCGGUGUCGCUCCCAUGGGCUGCGAGCGGCCAACUGGAGCCUGCCCAUGUCAGCGUUGUCCGUGCCUACUUUGGGGACGGGGCCGGCAGCAGCUUACAAGCGUCAGCGCCGUCAACAUCUCCUUUGGGGAGAGGAGGGGAAGGUUUACCCAGGAGAAGCGCUACCUGAGGCUGGUCGGCGCUGCUGGGCUUCGGGCAGCCCCCCCAGGACACCUUCUCCCCCCUCGUCAUCUCCAUCAUGGCCGUGGCGCUGGGCACCCCGGUGCUGCUGCUGCUGCUGGGCAGCUGCCUGCUCCUCUGCGCCCAGAGGAAGCGCUACUCCGAGUACGAGCCCAUCAACUGAGUGGGAUGAGCCCCGAGAGACCCCCAGGAUCACCCUUGUCCCCAGGGGCUGCUGCAGGGGCUCCUCUGCCCUCUCCUUGGUGCCCUCCCCUUCAUCCCGUGGCCCAGGCUCAGAGGGGACCCAGGUGCCAGUUGCAGUUGCCCACAUUGUGUCUCCCUCUGUCCCACUCCUCCUCCUGCCCCAAUCCUCAUCCCGUUGCUCCCCCUCUGCUCCUGAUCCACCCAACCAAGGGAAGGGACUGGGGGGAGUUGAUCAGGGAUUCCUUGAGCUGCUUCCCAAGGGAUAAACCUGCUGGUGUCAGGUCUGCAGCCCGUCGUGCCGUGCUGGCCGUGGUACAAGCAGUGGCUUGAAGUCACUUGGGUCCUGCUCUGGGGCAGCUGCAGCCUUGGCUCCACCGCGCUGGCCCGGAGCCAUGAGCAGGAGCCCAUGGACAAGGUGCUCCGUGGCUGCUCGGUGGCGGUGGCAGCGGUACCCCGGCACUAAGGGGUGCGCUGGGCUUGGUGUUCUCCAGCACAGGCUUGGCUUUGACCAAAUAAAGUGGAUUUCUAUUGUC